AUGCUUGUCUCGCUACUGCUGGCGGCGUCCAUCCCGGCAGCAGCUUCGCUGCAAUGCGACAACAUCGUAGCGGACGGCCACCGGUUCAACUUUGACAAGCUCAAGGGCCCGCAUUCCGUCGUCACCAGCGAAUUCACACCCCCUACCUACAAGAACACGACCUACACGAUCGACCUCUGCGGCCCGCUGAAGCGAAAGGGAGAUGUCCCCAAGGGCGAGGAAUGCCCCAACGGCACCUGGAGUACGUUUCCUGUCCCCGUCCGGACCGGCCGCGUCCUUGGCGCCGGCUCCAUCCCCACUCCCCUCUGCGCUAUCAAGCACUCCAUCAAGGGAGACCACGAUGACAUCGACGAGGUCCGCCCCAUAGCCGGCAACCUGCGCGAUCACGGCGGCAAGGACCUCGACUUUGUGGCCACGAGGCUCAAGACGUCCGACUCGACCUCAGACUCCCAAAAGGACGGCGUCCGCCUCGUUCUCAAGGGAGGCAAGUACCCGCUCGCCAGCAAGGAGCGAGCGAGCGCCCGAGACCAGAAGGCGAUCAUCGAGCUCAUUUGCGACCCGAACAAGGAAGGCACGGAGGGAGAGUGGAAGGCCGAGGAUGCGUACGAGAGCAGUUUGGAGCGGUUCAAGUACACGGCACGGAACGCCGAGGGCGAGGGCGAAGGUGAAGGCGACAAGGAUGCGCCGGGGGACGGAGAGCACCAGCUCAAAAACCCGGACGCGACCCUCAUCUGGGACAGCUAUGGCCCCGACAAGAGCAACGGCGAUAUCGAUGUCCUGAGGCUCACCUGGUACACGAAGUACGCGUGCGAGAGCUCCACUGGGGAUGGAGGCAAGCCCCGCGAGCACUGGGGCUUCUUCACGUGGCUAGUGAUUCUUGUCUUUCUCGCGACGGCUUCCUACCUCAUCUUCGGCUCAUGGCUCAACUACAACCGCUACGGUGCGAGGGGCUGGGAUCUUCUACCUCACGGGGAUACCAUCCGGGAUGUCCCUUAUCUACUGAAGGACUGGAUCCGGAGGCUGAUCAACACGGUGCAAGGAAGCGGCAGCAGGGGAGGCUACAGUGCGGUCUGA